AUGGGAAGUCACGCGUCUGACGAGAAUAUCUACCUCCUAGGCCGAGAUGAGGCCGAGACCGAACGACUCAAUAAACAGCAUCGCUUUUUGCUGGCAAUUUCCGGAGACGAAUUGAUUCACCCUUCGAUACCCAAGGAGGAAAUUACCGCGGUCGCGGAUAUCGGCACGGGCACUGGAAUCUGGCUAGAGGAUCUCGCGACAAAAUUCCCGAAUUCGAAUUCAUCAUCACUCGACCUACACGGCUUCGAUAUCUCCUCCGCCCAAUUUCCCACUGCACAUGAAAUCAUAGUUCCCGGAAAGAAACGAAUUCCACUUUCCGUCCACGAUGCCUUGCAACCAUAUCCUUCCGAGCACAUCGGGCGCUACGAUCUCGUACACAUCCGACUCUUGACGGCGGGUCUCAAGCAAGGCGAUUAUACCGUGGUAUUAAAGAAUGCACGAGAACUAUUGAAACCAACCGGCUAUAUCCAAUGGGAAGAAGUCGACACAACAACAUUCUGCACAAACGUCACCCCGGAACUCCCCGCGAUAACGACAAUGCGCAACACCGUCAUCGACGCCAUGCUCAAACUCGGUCUCUGGCCCUUCGCCCCACCAACAGUCUACGAGGAGAUCGUUGCUGGCGGAUUCCACAAUAUCCACCGGGAGAUAUACACGACUGAGGGGAAGGAGCAUUUAUACGCUAUCGCGCCGAAGUGGGUUGCUGGUGUGAUGCGGGCGCUGGUUCCGCCGUCGAUGGUGGUGUUGGGCCAGGCGGGGAGUGAGGAGGAGGCUAAGGGGAAGGUGGAGGUGCUUAUUGGGGAGUUUGAGGGGCAUUGUAAGGAGGCGCUUGCGUUGGCUUCGUUUGGGGUUUCGGUUGGGCAGAGGUGUGAUUGA